CAAGGACAUUAACUCUGUUCCUUUUUGCGGUCCGAAGCUGAAAUAGUGGAAGAUGGCUACACGAAUCGCAAGUUCACUGCUGAAAGUAGUGAAAACAAACUCUAGAUGUUUGUUGGGUGGAUGUCAGCAACAACGCUAUGUAAUGUCAGCUGUCUGUACACCCGGUCAGUGGGAUCUGGUGAGUGCUGUGUGCAUACAACGUCCACCAGUCAUUUCAGCAGAAAAAACAAACAUUGAACACCAGUUUGCAUCCUUGAUGUCUCGGCUGGAGCUGGAUAAAAGCCUUCUUUCUGAUCAUGAGCUUCGAAUAAAGGCAGAUGAGGCUGCUUCUAAGAAACACCAGGAAAGCUUAGAGGAAACUGAGAGAGGGGGAAGACUGACUGCUUUUGAUCUAGAGGAUGAAUGGGAAGCUGAGACCAAACUCUUCUCACCAGCAAGCAGAGUCACAGAAGCUGACAAAACGAAUGACCGGCAUUCAGUGGAACGGAAACUUGACCAAACUCUUGUGCUUCUGGUGAAGCAUCAGCUUGGGGACAAAGCUCACUGGCUGUUCCCUCAAGGUCCUUAUAACCAGGGAGAAUCUAUGAGACAGGCAGCAGAGCGAGUUUUGACAAGUCUGUGUGGAAAUGACAUCCAGGCAACCUUUCUGGGGAAUGCUCCAUGUGGCUUUUAUCAGUAUCAAUAUCCCCCUGCUUCAGGGAUGGGAACAGGUGCUAAGGUGUUUUUCUUCAAGGCAUGGUAUCAGCAAGGGAAUGUUGUCCCAAAUAAGCAAAGUACUUCAGACUUUCUAUGGGUGACCAAGGAUGAAUUGUCAGAGUACUGCCCAAAGUCCUAUCUCAAGAGCAUCAAAAGAUUUCUAGCAAACUUGUGAAGGCAGAUUGUAUGAAUGUUUAACUUAGCUAUCCUAAUGUGCAAGAAUAAAUUAAAAUACUUUUACAUUUA